AUGGCUUACUCCAAAAUCACUUUACUAGCCGCUCUUGCUGCUUUCGCCUAUGCGCAAACCCAAAAACAAAUCAAUGAAUUGAAUGUUGCUUUGAAUGAUGUCAAGUCCAACAUUGCUGAUUACAUCCAAUUGUCUCAAACUCCAAAUUCUGGCUUCUCCUUGGACAAGAUGCCAGCCGGGAUUAUGGAUAUUGCUGCACAAUUGGUUCAAGACCCAACUGAUGACUCCUACACUACUUUGUACUCUGAAGUUGACUUCGCAGCCGUUGAAUCUAUGCUAACUAUGGUCCCAUGGUACUCCUCUAGGCUACUUCCACAAUUGGAGGAAUUAGAUGCUUCUCUUACUUCCUCCGUUGCUUCCAGUUCCACAGUAGCCACAACUUCUGUUGCUACGUCUUCAGCCCAGGCUACUAGUUCAUCUGUUGCCACCUCAUCCGAGGUUACUGGUUCUUCUGUUUUACCAUCUUCAAGCGAAGUUGCCAGCUCGACUGUUUCCACAUCUUCUGCUAUUGCUUCCUCAUCAGCCGUUUCCUCUUCGACUGACGGUAGCAGCUCAUCUGCUGUCGCUUCCUCAUCAGUUGUUGCUUCUUCUUCAUCUGCUGUCGCCUCCUCAUCAGUUGUUGCUUCCUCAUCAGCUGUCGCUUCCUCAUCAGUUGUUGCUUCUUCUUCAUCUGCUGUCGCCUCCUCAUCAGUUGUUGCUUCCUCAUCAGCUGUCGCUUCCUCAUCAGUUGUUGCUUCUUCCUCAUCAGCUGUCGCCUCAUCUGCUGCUUCCUCAAUUGUUUCUUCGAGCGAAACUGCUAGCUCAGUUCCUGCUUACAACUCCACCACCAUUGCUAGUUCUACCACUGCCAAGACUUCCAGCUCAAGUAUUGCUCCUUACAACUCCACCACCACUACCCCUGCUUAUUCUUCUGCUUCCAGUGUUAUUAUUUCAACUAGAAACGGAACCACUGUUACCGAAACUGCUAAUACUCUUGUUACUAAAGAAACUACUGUCUGUGACUACUCUUCAACUUCUGUCGCUCCAGUUUCUACCACUGGUUAUAAUAAUUCUACCGAAAUUACUACUGCUACUGUCUGCAGUACGUGCAAGGAAGGCACCUCUACUGUAACUGACUUCUCUACACUUAAGACAACAGUUACCGUCUGUGACUCCGCUUGUCAAGCUAAGAAGUCUGCUACUGCAACUAAACAAUCUACAUUGAAGACUACAGUUACCGUCUGUGACUCCGCUUGUCAAGCUAAGAAGUCUGCCACCGCUGUUAGCGUUCAAUCCAAGAAUUCUGCCCCUGCUGUUAGUGUUCAAUCCACAACCGCUGGUAUCGUUCAACAAACCGAAAACGGUGCUGCUAAGGUUGUUAUUGGUAUGGGUGCUGGCGCUUUAGCCGCUGUCGCUGCCAUGUUACUAUGA